AUGCCAACUUUCGGCUAUUCCGAUGAAACAAACAGUGCCGGAUACGUAACAAUCCCAUUUAUCGACACAAUCUUCACCCAAAUCGAAAAAUGGGCUCCAAUUUUCAAGAGCAAGCUGUCAAAUUGGAUUUUGACCAAGGAACAGAGGAAAAUCUCAACAGAAAGUACCCCAAUUUUUAUUCCCCUAGUGGUCGCAUUAUUUGUAAGUUAAUUUUGAAAAUAAAUUCCAAUUCCUCUAAUUUAGGCCUACAAUUUCUUCGGCUAUGCAUUGGAUGUACUUUUCCACCCUAGACUUGAGGCUUAUAAAAGUAUAUGGAAAUUUCUCACAAUUUCUGACGAAAUCUUCGCAACUCUUGUUAUCGGUCUACCCCUGGAAGUUGUUCAUGGCCCAUUAGUCACUUCCAUAUUCUACCUAGGCUCUGCAAUCUAUGGUUUUACCUUCUCAUAUAUUUUAGAUGGAGAAAUGAUGCAAGAAUUAUAUUGUCAUGGUGCAACCUAUGCACUAAUCGCUUUAAAUCUAACAAAUAUCCUCAAAAAUUGGAAGAUUUUUUGAGAACAAGUAUCUGCAUUUUUUAAUAAUCGCGAUUUACAUCAUUCCACAAGAAACCGAGGAUAUCAAAGAUAGAAUUCAGGGCGAAAUACACUUUCAAAAUUUCCAUAUAUUACACGCAAUCGGCGGUUGUUUAUACGGUUUUCAAUUGGGAUAUUUUUGGAUUUACAAAAAUGUGGUGAGCUAAAUAAAAGCUAUCAGCUUCUUCAUAGAAAAAUUCUCCAUUUCAGAACGGAGAACCGCUCGAAAAGAUUUCUCGGAGACAUUUAUCAAUCACAAUUGGUGUUUUGACCGCUUACGCUCUUCUCGCAAAGGUUUCAGGAAUCUAUACACAUCCAUACUAUGCUUAA